ACUAAGAGCAAUUUGCAAGUGAUACUCCGGAAUUUCUCUCAUUUCUGGAAAAGACUCAUGCAGAUGUAUGGCUGGAAAUAGUUCGUUUGGAGCUCCGGAGAGAAUUCGAAAAUUGAAAAAAUACUCUGGAAGUUUAACCCCUAUAAACUAAUGAAGUGAUAAUUAGAGUUUCGUCGCCGUAAGUACUUAUUAAUGUCUUCCUGAGAAUUGUUGAUACUUACUUUCUAGAUUUUGAAGUCCGUAUAGAAAUGACUAGCGAAACCUUUACGUGAAAGUUUGUCAUAAAUAUUUAACAUCAAAGUGAGGUUUCCCAAAACUUUGUAACAAUGUUAUGAUUGAAAGCUUGUCAUUUUGAAAAACAGUGAGUUCAUUUUUACAACGAAAGAAUAAAACUCAGAAGUUAAUUGUUGAAAGUAUCAAUCAAAAGUAAACAAUUGAAAAUUUUAAAAGAAUUUCCUAACUAUGGACUUUUUAAAAGACAUAUUUGUUGUAAAGUUGGAAAAAAUUUGCUCUCGAGAGUUCCAAAAUUGUAAAAUAUCCAUUACUCUUAAUGUGUUGGUUUUGAAACAAAUGCUAAACAAAAUUCGAGCUUAAGUGAGUCGUGAAGAAAGUGUACUUUGGUGAUUCGAGCUUAGAAGAUUAGAAAGAAAGUGUACUUAGAUGAUUUAAGUGAUUUGUGAAGAAAGUGUAUUUUGAUGCUUCGAGUGAUAAGCGAAGAAAGUGUACUUUGAUGCUUCGCGUGAUUCCUGAAGAAAGUGUACUUCGAGUGAUUUCUAAAGAAAGUGUACUAUGAUGAUUCAAGUGUUUUGUGAAGAAAGUGUACUUUGAUGAUUCGAGCUUAGGCGAUUAGUGAAGAAAUUGUACUUUGAUGAUUCGUGAACUUGAUGUCUCCAUACAAUGCUUUAUCGUCUUACACUCCAAGGACCCUUCCUCGAAAUCCUUCUACGACGAAAUACACAGACAAUAAAUACACUUCAAGCUACUCCAGCAGCGCAUACAGUUCUCCCUCGAGUUAUUCUUCGAAAUAUUACUCACCUAGUUCGUACUCGUCAUAUUCGUCUCCGAGCUCGUAUUCAUACCCUCGCUCAACUUACUCGUCUUCGUAUUCCUCGUCUCGCAAUGUUCUGUCUCCGUCCCGGCUGCCGCGUGUGACCAGCGUGAGCGCGUACGCGGACGCGCUGUCCAAACCGCUCGACUUCAAGAGAGAUUCGAUAGGCGACAGGCUCUACAGGAGCCCUUCCCUCUCCCUAUCCCGCAGGAGCUCUACCACUUCCUCAUACACAGUCUCUUCCGAACCGAGUCAACCAUAUCGAAGUAGCUCGUUGUUGCAAACGCGUGCUGACGAUGAGGAUGACAAGACUAAAACUAAGGUUGGACUGAACAAUCUGGGUAACACAUGUUUCAUGAAUGCAGUUUUACAAUGUCUUAGUCAUACUCCCCCUCUGAUGGAUUACUGUCUUCGAGGAUCUCAUUUAAGUGACAUCAAUUACAGAAGUCAGACGCGGGGUGACUUGAUCAAAGUUUUUGCAGAUUUCAUGAAGAAUAUGGCUGAAUCCAAAUCUAAAAGUGCCAUUAGCCCAUACCAACUACGUCGCGAAGUACAGCGCUACGCUUCUCGCUUUUGUGGGGACAACCAACAGGAUGCUCAAGAGUUUUUGAGGUACCUUUUACAAGGCCUGCAUGAUGAUAUCAAUCGUGUAAAAUACAAGAACAACACAAGACGACAGAACUUUAAGGCAAGUGAUGAAUCAAGUUCCUGGAGAAGUUACAGAGAAUGCGAUGACAGCCUAAUAGUUGAUCUGUUUGCUGGCCAAUUAAAGAGUACUUUGAAGUGCACAGUGUGCAACAAUGAGUCGAUAACUUAUGAUCCUUUCUGGGAUUUAUCAUUACCAAUUCCUGAGGUUUCUAGAAGCACCAGUUUAAGGCAAUGUUUUCAACUCUUUUCCUCUCCAGAGAUUUUGGAUGGGCCAAAUAAACCGCUGUGCGAAGUCUGCAAAAAGAAAGCAAGAUCAAGUAAAAAGAUUGAAGUGAGCAAGUUCCCAAAAGUACUAGUCAUUCAUCUAAAACGGUUUUCAGGAACAAACUAUGGUCACAAACUAAGUACAGUGGUGGAAUGCCCAAUGAAAAUCACGAGCGAGUUUUCUUCGUCCUCCAAUUCUUUAGGAGACGAUUUUUCGUAUAACUUAUAUGGUGUUGUGGAUCAUGAGGGAUCGAACAACUCAGGCCAUUACACAGCAAAAUGCAAAAAUCAACUGUCAGAAGAAUGGUACGAGUUCAACGAUAGCAUGGUUUCCAAAGCAAGCAAUAUUGUUUCGCACAAGAGUUAUAUUUUGUUUUACAUUCAAGAAAGAUGUUUUCGAAAGUGAGAGACGAAACAUGAAUUUAAACACAGUUGGUGGCCUUCAGAGAAAUUUCAGCUGGCUGUUACAAAUCAAAAGUAAUAAAAUAACAUA